UUUACCUUUGUCAUGAUUUUUUUCCCGUCUUGUCGAGGGCUCGUGAGCUGGAGUGAUGCGAAGCGAGUUGACCAUACAUGCAAUUGUGUGCGUGGGGCAUUGGCUGUUAUGAUUGCGAUGAUUUUCAAACUGUUUGUGAACGAGUGAAAAAAGGGAGAAUGGAUACCCCGUCGACGUCGUUUGAUCGACAAAGACCAGGUUUGUUCGACACAUUCAGAAUCAAUGACAGUGACAAUGAUAAUGGAUUUUCUGAUAUGGAUGUGGAUUCGGUUGAGGGAGACUUUUCCGAGACAGAGUUGAGCUUGAGCGGAGGUUCGGAUGCCACUGCCAGCGACGACAACGCUCGUCCAGCGGUACGGCGGCCGCCACCAACCCCGCAGGCUCGGGCGCAUCCUCCUGCUGUCUCCCAUUGGAUUAGAGUUACACCACCAGAGGUGCAGCAUAACGAUGCCUCACGCCCAAGCUUCACUGUCAGGAAUCCAGGACCAAGACAGGUACCAGCUCGCAACUCAGACCCAAUAAAGUAUUUUGAAUUGUUUUUUGACGAUGACAUGAUGGUGCACAUUACUCGAGAAACUAAUCGAUAUGCAGACGCCUUUCUCUCAAACGCGGCAAUUGUUGAGUGGAUUCGUAGUCAUCCCCAUUCCCGAUUCAAGAGAUGGCCAGCAGGGGGCAUCACUGUUGCCCAGCUCAAGAAGUACUUUGGGCUCUCUAUCAACAUGGGACUUGUUGUGAAAAAGCGGCUUGACAAUUAUUGGUCCACGAAACUCAGCCAGCUUACACCGUUUUUCAGCAGUGUGAUGCCAUAUUCGGAGUUUGCACUCAUCGCACGUAUGUUGCAUGUAAGUGACAAAACAAAGGAAAAGGAAAAGGAUGAUGAUGGGUAUGACCCCUGGCAGAAAGUCAGGCCGGUACUGGAUCGACUGAAUGAUGCAUUCAAGAGGCACUACCUCCCUCAGGAAUUCGUCAGCGUGGAUGAAAGUAUGAUUGGUAUGAAGAACCGUGUCGUAUAUAUACAGUACAUGCCCAAUAAACGCCAUGCAAGAUUUGGGAUCAAGAAAUUUGAGCUAUGCGAUGACAGGGGUUAUGUGAUCCAUGUGGAGCUGUAUGCAGGCAAGCAUUUUGACAUCCGCCACGAUGAGGGGCAGGCCCACGCGGUUGUAAUGACCCUUAUGGAGAAGGCUGGCUUGUUGAAUAAAGGGUAUCACUUAUUCACUGACAAUUUCUAUACGAAACCAAAGUUAGCAGAGGCCCUCUAUGCGAAAAAGACUUACCUCACAGGUAUCUAUAAUUUUUCAUUUCUUUUAAUUUUUUUAACAAUUGUUUUUACAUUUUUUUUCUUUUUUAGAGGCAUGAAAGGAAGAAGUUGGAGAUUAUCUCCCUCAUGUUGAAGUUAUCAUAAGCGUACAGGACCAAUUUUUUCAAGGGGGGCUGAAUAUUUUUGCCCGAAUAUCAAAACGGGAGAAAACGUUUGAUGACCGGAAAGAAAGGGUUUUUCGGGCGGAGCUUUCCCGAAUGUGAAGUGGUUUUUGCCCGAAUAUCGGUGUUUGAAAAAUCCUAGGAGGGGGGGGGGGGGGGCUGCAGCCCCCCUAUGGCCGUACGCUUAUGGAGGUUAUUGUACACUCCUAAAAUGGGAUGAGAUUUUUUUUAAUUGAAACAAUGCUACUGUAACUUAGUUGUAGAAAUCAUUUAUACUAAAUUUUAUAAUUUAUUUUUGUAACCUAAUACAUAAAAUUUAGAUUUUGAGGAUGAAAAUUUAGUAAAUACUAAUAAAUCACAUUUCUUUCUUGGGAAUAAUUUGUUUCUUUACAUUUUUACCUUUUCGUUCCAGGUACAGUCCGAGCCAACUCCAAAGGGAUGCCACCGGAGGUAACUAAGGCAAAGUUGAAAGUAGGGGAGACUGUGUACUAUCGAAAAGACAAGAUACUCGCUGUUUCGUUCAGGGAGAAGCAGAGUCAAAAGAAGCCGGUGAUCCUGCUAUCAACUCAUCACCAUGCCGAGGACAUCACGGUUGAGAAACGGGGGAAACAACGUACUAAACCUACCCUCGUAUCAUCAUAUAAUAAGCACAUGGGAGGCGUUGAUGUUUCUGAUAAGAUGAUUUACCAUGUCGCAGCUGAGAGAGCGUGUCAUAGAUAUUGGGUAAAAGUCUUCCGUAACCUGAUGGACAUCGCCCUUCUCAAUGCAUACCAGAUCUACUCCCUGAACACCGAUCAGCAAUAUAAGCUUGAACGCUACGACUUCACAGUGGCUGUUGUGGAGGCAUGGUGCAGCACUACAGUAAAUGUUGGGGAUGCAAACCAACUGCAGACCAACAUUGCAGAACAUCGUCUUGUUCUUCUACCCGGGAAGAGGGAACGUGAUUGUGUUGUGUGCAGCGAUCGUAAAGCGAAGCAGCGGAGGAGGUCUCGCCAUUGGUGCCCUGCUUGUGGUGUGGGAUGCCACGAAAAGUGUGAGGAUCGCUUUGAACAUGUUCAUCGACAAGCUCGUGGUCGUAAAAGGAACGUCGAAGAGGUUGAUUCAGACUGAGUAAGCACUGACUGCUUCCGUUGUAUGAAAUAGAGACACACAGAAGAGAUAAACACCGACUCUCAAUAAGGAUUGGAAGAAAUAGACUAUGCCAAAAAUGUUUAGACAAAGCCAAAGAUGUUUCUUUAUGUUCAUGUAUUUUUAUUUUUUGUUCAUGCCACUGUCUGAAAGCUUUUCCACUCAGUACUUGAUUUUGUCCACCAUUUGAGAUCCUAACCUUGCCCUGAAGAUUUUGAAAAAGCAAUACUUGUAAAUAACAUUCAUGUUUAUACAUGCAUAUAUUUUGGAAAGGAAAUAUGAUUCUUUUCUCAAUGUUUUGAGGUGAUUCAUGAUGGAUUCAUCUCUAUUUUUUUAUGCAUGCAUGCAUUGUACUGUAUGUUUUGAAAGUGUAUGAAUACUGCCUUUCUACCAUCUUUUACUCUGGAUAUCCAAUUCAUUCACCUUGACAAGCACAAAUUAGUCAAAAUCAUUCUUUUGAAAAACCUGUUUUGUAAAGUUUUUACCUCAGAACUUCAUGUGAUGUGCUCUAUGCUAUUACUUGUUAUCAGGUUAUUUAUACAAAGUAUUUUGACAACUAUUCUUGCCCUAAAAUUAAAGCUAUUUUGGCACACCUCUCAUUUUUCCUACACGUAUAAACAUUGUUGGAUUUAACAUGUUUUUGAAGAUGUAUUAUUAUGCUUAUUAUGUUGAAAAUCAUCUGAUAAUGAUGCAGGUGGACAUACUUCCUCAGUUGUGCUGUUUUUCUGUACUGGGAUGUUUUGGUUUCACUUUGAAUUCUACAUGUAAGUAAAAAGUUUACUCUACGAAGAGUCCUACAUGUACUUUCCAGAUUCAUUUAUAUGCCGUACCUGAUGUACUCCAUUCUAAUUCGUAUUCAUAUUUAGUGGCACAAUGUAGAUUGUAUACCUCACUUCUUUAUUUAUUUUCGUGAACUAUUCUUGCCAAGUGCAAAUGAUUUGGAAACACUACUCAUUCCAUUUUUUCGGCAAUACUGUGAAGAUGCAAUUUUAUGCUUUGUUAUGUUUACAUUAUCUGAUAUAUAUUUCUAGUUGAUAGUUUUUCAUGAAUAUAUGUAGUAUCAUGCUGAUAUCAUUGUUCACCUUGAAUUAUUCAUAUAAUAAGUGAAGUGUUGUAUCUUUAUGACCAUUGCUUUCUUGUUUAUGAUGCAAGAUAUUGAAAAACAAACUCAAUCCUGCCUUUUUGAGUAUGAAAUUGAGUUCCAUGCAUUUAUCUGAUUUAAAUGUUUGUGUCAGAACAUAACCCGUGUUAUGAUUAGUCAUUGAGUGGCUAAUGGAUCUACUGUACAUGUAUGUAAAUCAUUCUUGCUACAAAUUAUACUACUUUGAAAACUCUGAUAUUUCCACAAAAUAGAAUUAACAUUUUUGGUGAGCUUGAAUUUUUUUUUCUUCUUUCAUCGAUAUUGAAAUUUUGAAAGUUGUUUCAAGUAUCGUUUGUAAAAUACCUUGAAUUAUGCAAAUUAGGCCAUUCAUUGUUCUCUUUUUGGUAGUAAAAUUAUAAAUGCCAAGAAUUUGAUUGAAAACACACAGUUCAUUCACUCCUUGAUGCUCAGGAAACUCAUAAGACAGUACAUCAACAUGUAAAUACAAAAUAUGAGGCUAAAUCAUUUUUUCAUCAAAUUUUAUUACGAACAUCGCCACAGUGAAUCAUAAAUAACUUGAAAACAACUCAGGCUAUGAUAAAGAUGUUGUGUUUUUCUGAAAGCUGAAUAAAUUUUCUACAAUUUGA